GCCGCCCUGGGAGCCAUGCGCUGCUGUCUGUAAUGUCAGCGGAACAGGAGAAGGACCCCAUCGCGCUGAAGAGAUCCCGAGGUGGUGACAGUGGAUUGGAUGGGUUAGGAGGACCAGGAGUUCAGCUUGGGAGCCCUGAUAAGAAAAAGCGCAAAGCGAACACACAGGGGUCGUCAUUUCCUCCUCCAUCUGAAUAUGCUCCACCACCGAACCCAAGCUCUGACCACCUUGUAGCUGCAAAUCCAUUUGAUGACAACUAUAAUACUGUGUCUUAUAAACCACUUCCUUCAGGAAAUCCAUAUUUUAGUAAUCCUGGUUAUCCUGGCUUUGGAGGCUAUAACACUUUCAGAAUGCCACCUCACAUGCUGCCUAGAGUGUCCUCACCAUAUGGUGGUUCUUACUCCCUCAGAAACCAGCCACAUCCUCUUCCUCAAAACCCUGUUGGCAUGGGUUUUAGUCGACCCCACUCUUUCAGCUUUGGUCCUCAUGAUAACCCAGGUUUUGGGAAUCAACCACCUUAUGGCAGUGGUCAGAUGAAUCAAAAUGUCAAUAUGUCUGCUCAGCAUUUCAGACCAAAUCCUGGGGAGAACUUUGGCCAUUCUGGUCAGAUACCUCACCCUGAUGUGCCAACUAACUUUGGUCCUGGAAACAAUCCAAAUUUUCCAAAUUCUCAGCUAGAGUCAAACCAUUCUUUUGUUCCUCCACCAAACACGUACAACCAGACAAAAUCAUCAGCACAAAAGCAAGACUUUACACAAGGUGCAAGCAAAGCAUCCAGCCAGAACACUGCUGCUCAUCAGCAUCAUCACAGGACAGAGGACGUUGUGAGUCAAGGUAACAGUGACCUGAAAAGCGUUACUCGAAACAAUGCGGUAAAUCAGGAUAACAGCCAUUCUAACAGUGCUGAGAACACCAAUGCUGGCCACUCCAAUGGGACCCAGAGCAAGUCCCGCCAGCCUCGAGGUACUGCUGAAGGGUGCAACUCUGAAAAGAGCAGCAAGACCCCCCUCCAUCCCAGUCGUCACGGACACUCGUCCUCUGAGCCCGUGUACCCGUGUGGGAUUUGCACACAUGAAGUCAACGAUGACCAGGAUGCCAUCCUGUGUGAAGCCUCUUGUCAGAAAUGGUUCCACCGGGUCUGCACAGGCAUGACAGAGUCGGCCUACGGGCUCCUCACGGCGGAGGCCUCGGCGGUGUGGGGCUGUGACACUUGCAUGGCUGACAAGGAUGUGCAGUUAAUGCGCACCAGAGACACUGCAGGGCCACCUGCACUGAACACAGAGGGCUGACGGCCUCCAUGGCUGCUAGUGGAGCAAAUACUUGCUAUGAAAAUUCGGUUACAAAUUGGGUACUUCACUUUCUGCAGACAAUCAGUUGUGUUUGAUUGCUGUCAUCUUUUUUUCCCCCCUAAUCUGUAUUCAUUCAUAAACUUCCAUCUCAGCUUUUGUACUCUUAGUUUUAUGUGUGCUAAUGUUUUACAGGAUGGAAUAUUUUUUGUUUCUGAUUAAACUGUAACUGACAAUUGAUCGGAAGUAGGAUGAGCAUUGACAACAUUAUUGAAGGAAAAAUGUGCCUGUAUGAAUAGCCCUAAUUUGCUAGUGUAUAUUAAUGUGUUAACUAACACUAGCAUUUAGUGCUUGGUUUUAAUGGUACUAUAUUUGCAAGUACUCAUUACUUUGUUUUUUUCUUUUGGCGUGAAUGUCUGUUAUUGAUGUUCUUGCUAGCCUUUCUUUGAAUAUAGUAGAGAUGACAUGGAGGAAUGUGCAGUACUAAUAGUUGUUAUUUUAGGGUAAAUACAGAGAAUUUUGUAUGUGCUUUUUCCUAUUUUUAAGUAAAGCAUUAAUGUGCUAUUCAAAAAUCAUGAAUUCAUUCUUAGUAACACAAUGAAACCCGCGAACUAUUACACAUUUCUGUUUCCUUGAAAAGGCAAUAAUCUCUUGACUUCUCAGCAAUUAUAUGCUGAAGGCUCUUGCUAGGCCUUGCAUUAUUUGGAAAUUGUUGUGAAAUAAGAUGAAAUUGGAAGAAGAACACAUUGAGUAUAAGAAGUCCACUGCUUUAAAUCUAGAGAAUGCCAGAAGUAGGGUUGCACAUGUAACCUUAAUUCAUCUAUCUUGAGGACAUACCUUGGGAUGCAGUCUUUGCCCUGUCAUGGUUGUGCAGUCAUGCACCUCUCUCUCAUUCUUUCUCACUGAUGGUCCCUGUCUCCUGCCUCAGUGCUGCCUGAGGAUUGGGGAUGAAGUAGUGCACAGAAAAUCCUGCCCAGCUCCUAUGGCUGUCAGCUCCAGCCUGCUCAGUCACCCUGAGCUUACACAGCCCACUUGGCAUGAAGGAGGGGGCAAGGCAAUGGAGUGUGCUCUCUGAAUUGCUUGAUAAUUUGGCUAGCAGUCUUAAAUCUAAAUUCCCACCACUGCCUCAGCCAGUCUUGCAGUGAGGGGGUAGGAAAUCUAAGGUGAAGAAAGAAAAUGCAGCUGUCAUAUCAGGUGAGUUCAGCUCACAUCAGAACUAAGUAAUCAGAAGUUUAGCUCCUUUGCUAAACCUGAUAUCCUACUGACAAGUUUGAAUGGCACUAGAGCUUCAUGUGUGAUGCUAAGAAAUUCUAUUUUAAUAAGGGUAAUUUGAUCUUAUUCUUGAUCUCAAAAAUAACUCCCCUUCUCUUUUGAAUGUCGGGAAGCAUCUAGCCUUGAACAGUUCAGCCUUAGCCGUGUGAUGAAGUUGCAUGUGCAACUGAAAAAGUUUAUUUUGAGAGAAAUAUUGUUUGGAACUAAUAAAAGGAGGCACUGUGAUAACAGAUUCUGCUUGGAAUAUGUACCACUGUGCUGGAAACAGUCUUUAAACAGUAGUUAAAUCAUGUGUCAAGCUUACAGGUACUAGUCAUGUUCCUUAAUGUGAUAAAUUUUUCAGGUCUGUGAUGAUGAGUGAUAUAGGAGUUUAUAGAGAAUUCAGUCAUCUAAUAAAGAGAUAGUUUUCAUGGUAAGCAAUGCUAAUGAGCGAAAGUAAGGCCUGUUUGAUAGUUCACCAUUGUGUUUGAUUUUAAAUGGGCUCUACUGUGUACAUUCCGGGAAGAUCCUGUGCAGAUCUACACAAUCUGUUUUAUUUUAAAAGUGAAAAGUUUUGCUGUAUAAGUGCAUAAGUAUUACCCCGCUGUGAUUUUUUGUUUGUUUGUUUGUGUUUUUGUUGGGGUGGUUUUGUUUGUUUGGCUGUUUUGUUUGUUUGUUUUGGUUGGGUUGUGGUUUUUUGUUUUGGUUUUUGGUUUUUUUUUUUUUUUUUGUGUUCCUCUCAUCAGGAAAAAGAAAAUAAUAUUUAGAGUGUAAGUGACAUAUUUCAUAUCUUGAGAUUUUCCAGUAUGGAGAUGUAAAGUAAAAGAUAGAUCCAGAGCUGCUGUUUUCAUCAGUAGUUGCUUUAAUUUAGUACAUUAACUAGAAUUAAUCUUGUUUUGUUAGAGGUGUGAUUUUAAAACCAACAAGAAAAAACCAAACAAGCAACAACCUCUGUUAAAGAGAUUUAUUCUUCAGUAGUUCUCCUAAUGACUGACAGACUGUUUGAAUUUGCUUUUGCUACCUGAAGUAGCAAUUAAACCAAACCUUGUUUAGAUAGAUCUGUUCCUCUAGGAAUCAGUUUAAUCUCUGCAACAAUUAGCACUGUGAACAUAAUGGAGCUGGUUCACACCUACAGUAAUGUAAGUGAAAUCAGAAUUUUGCUCAGUGAAAAUUCAACCAAAGCUCCAGUGAUGAUAUUAUUACCUUUCCCACUCCCACACCCCAUGCCUCUUGUGAGAAGAUUUUGGCUCAUUUCUUCUCAGAAGUCUAAUUCAUGUUUUGACAUUUGGAGCAGACAUUGCAUUUAAAAUAGCCAUGUAUUUCUUAAUCUUUUCCUCAACCCAACAUGAAGUUAGGCAACUACUUUCUAAAUUAGCUGUCAGGACAUUAGUAUUUAAACAUAGUAUUCUUAAAUACUUAAAAUUAUAUUCCAGAUGAUUUUAUACAGCCUUAAAUUGUGUAUUUAUGAAACUUAUUCUAACAAUUUAUUUUAGAUUUUUUUCUGAACUGGUAUUAUAUUGGGUUUGUAAUCCAGUACAUUUUCCUCAUUUAUUAACUUGUAAGUUCAAGGCAUUAGCAAAUGUCAAUGAUAUGAAAUAAAAACAAAUGAACAACCAACUCCACACUUGUUAGGACAGUGAUCUUAGAGAUAGGACUGACAAGGAUCUCCAGAAGUCAUCCAGCCAAUAUGCUUGCCCUACUGAUAUGUUCUAGGCAUACUUGAACUCUUUAUCUAGAGAGCAGUUAUAUUUUGAUUUUCUCUGCAUGUGUUGACUAUGUAGUAGUUCAAGUAUGCACAGGAGAAACAGCAAUCAUGUUUAAUUAGUGAGGUACUAGGAAAAUGUCAGCUGAUUAGCAGUAGAAGUUAGUUCUAGAA